GUGGUUACCUAUUUACUACGUACCUAUUGGCUGACAUAAAACCAAAAUUGUCUGUCCAAUUCCCCUCUUCUGUUUCUGUAAUGUGAAUAUCUACCCACCAAUUUAGGUAAAUCGUAGAUCGUCAUCAAUUGAGGCGGGUUGCUUAAAUCCUUACUAUUGUGCUUUUGGGACUACAUAGACUCAAUCUCGAUGCUUCAUACUGGAUGCCACCCAGUGUACAAGGGUUUUGUUUUGCCCUGGCAAGAGCGUCUUCAAUUUGGUCGGCGAUAUGGGAAAUAUGAUUUUGGAAGAUUUGAGCGCCUCGAGACAUCGAAUCAUUAUAUCGGAAAGGGGAAGAUUGGAGAUGUCGAAGUUGCCUGCAAGUUCUUAUUCAGAGAAUCACGAUGGGGCGUCCUAGGCCCUAACAGGAAUCCUGGGGGUGUUAUCUACAUUGAUCUGACGUUUACCGAGUCAUCAAAUUGUCGUCUUAGGGGCGCCACCGUUACACUGACUCUAGACGAAGAAGACAAAGACCUUCGUCAUCACUUCAGGACAGGAAAUCCACCAACAACGCCUAGGGUUCCUGUUCAUAUUAGGCAAUUUGGCCCACGGAGUCUACGCGGCCAGUUAGAUGAAGUUUUUAGGAUCACGAAGCACCGUGGCAGCCCUUGGGUUAAAGUCGGCGGUAUUGGUGGAGUUGGUGGUAUUGGACGAGACUCGGUAAAACGAUACACCCAACGGAAUCAGUGGAGGUUUUCGAGCAACCCAAUGCCCAACAAACUAGGCACAACCGCAAUUUUGAAAUGGAACCUUAUCGAAAACGAGCUAGACCGCCAGCCAGGACAUGAAAAUACAUUUCAUACGGCAUUUGCAUUUGAGCAUGAUGGACAGCCAUUUCUCAUGCAGGUUGAAGUCAGCGGAUACUUAGAGGGAGUAGCUUCAGAUCUGCAACAUAAAGUGAAGAAGACAUUUAAGAAGUUCAAGUUUCCUAUCGAACAGCAAACCGCGACGACGCUGAUAAAUUUCGGCGGUAGGGAUCACGAAUCUUUCCAGGAUCCCCUUGACGACUUAGCUACGAACAUACCGGCGAAUAUGGAGGAAAAGAACAAGAUGUCCGCUUCUCGGAGUUCUCAUACGCCUCUGGACCCUAGACCGUAUGAAGAAGACACCGAGGAUAAUGAUGAUUCACUAAUUCAGGAGGGAGGCGAAGACGACGACAGUAUAGAGACAUCAAGCACCGCUUUCUUGGAAGAAAUUCAAGGAGAGGCAACAAUGCUAUUGUCUCUAGACACAUCUUCGACGAGCCAACAUAGCCUAGCUGAAAUAUCGGAAGCACUAUCGAAAACUAAUCGCGAAUACCCAGAAACUACCAUCAGAGAAUCACCAACCCCUGGCAGUCAAGUAGGUUCAUCAAUUGAUGCGACUACUCUUGCUGGCCAAGAACAGGAUGGUGUCAUAGGCAAAAUAGAAUUGAUGGAGCUUCCUGAAAACCAUGAAAAAAUUCAACGGGUCCUCGAAGAGACCACCAUACCAACUGUUUUUCAGAUCAUGAUUUUAUGGAUCUUUGCAGUCGGCGUGAAAAUGUCGCUGCUCUCGACUAGGGGUACGUUGCGACGGGGAACAGCUUCUUGAGCUCGUAGGGUCUCGCAGAUCACACAAUGCUGGCUCGGUAGGCCUUUAGCGGGGUAGGGGUUUCGGCUUUGUUAGAUAAUUGUAACUUCGGAAUCUUAGGGGUUCUAUUUUAUUAAAAUUUCUUCGCUCGAACCUUAGUAAGUUUGAUUUGUCGAGGCCAUGAAUACCUAGGCAUAAAUAAAUCGUCUUUUGACAGCUAUUGGUGAUAGGCACCUAGAGAGCUAGUGUGGGGUGUGCCCUGUUAAGAUCUUACAUAUAUGUACCUACCUACAUAUGUACUUAGGUACUUUACAGCUUAAAUACCACCCAAUAGCGACAAUCCUUCCAUCGUUCUCCUUCCCAUAUAACAUGAAGACUUCUACUAGAAGUUUGAGAAACGAGUUGUUCAUUGGGUGUGAGAUCUACGAGGUACGUGGGGAAAUUACCAGGUAGGUACUUAGAAAAUAUAUGUGUUUAUUUUAUGGACUUAUUAUUUACCUAUUGUUGUUCAAUUGUUGGUUGAGAAAAGUAUACCGCUCUACUCCCCGAGGAGGGAUGUGAGGGUUAAGUAUAAGC